GACCGGGGCGGGGAGUCGCGGCUGGCGCCGGGUUCCGAGAGCGCAGCGGGCUCCAAGCGCCGAGAGGACUCCGGCGCCGCCGCCGUCCGCGCUCUCCGCCCUUGGGCGCCAUGGCCCCACUGAGGCCAGGAGCCCCCGUGGGUCCCCAAGCUACUCGGCCGUGGCGCCGCUGAUCUCGGACAGGUUAGGGGACGCCUUGCCCCCCGGGCGCCCCGAGAGACAGAGCCGGAGCCAUGGAGCCUCCGGCCGCCCCCUCGGAGAGGAGCCUGUCUCUCUCUCUCCCUGGGCCCCGGGAGGGCCAGGCCACCCUGAAGCCGCCCCCCCAGCACCUGUGGCGGCAGCCGAGGACCCCGAUCCGCAUCCAGCAGCGCGGCUACUCGGACAGUGCCGAGCGCUCAGAGCCGGAGCGCUCGCCGCACCGGCCCAUGGAGCGCGCCGACGCCGUGGACACUGGCGACCGGCCAGGCCUGCGGACUACCCGCAUGUCCUGGCCCUCGUCCUUCCACGGCACCGGUACCAGCGGAGGCAGCAGCAGGCGUUUGGAUGCAGAAAAUGGGCCGACAGCAUCCCCUGGCCGCAGCCCCCUGGACUCGCAGGCGAGCCCAGGGCUUGUGCUGCAUGCUGGGGCGGCCACCAGCCAGCGCCGAGAGUCCUUUCUCUAUCGCUCAGACAGUGACUAUGACAUGUCACCCAAGACUAUGUCCAGGAACUCAUCUGUCACCAGCGAAGCGCAUGCCGAAGACCUCAUUGUGACACCGUUUGCUCAGGUGCUGGCCAGUCUCCGCAGCGUUCGAAGCAACUUCUCACUCUUAACCAAUGUGCCCAUCCCCAGCAACAAGCGGUCCCCACUGGGCGGUCCACCCGCUGUCUGCAAGGCCACGCUGUCAGAGGAGACGUGCCAGCAGCUGGCCCGGGAGACCCUGGAAGAGUUAGACUGGUGUCUGGAGCAGCUGGAGACCAUGCAGACCUACCGUUCUGUCAGCGAGAUGGCCUCGCACAAGUUCAAAAGGAUGCUGAACCGCGAACUCACACACUUGUCGGAAAUGAGCAGGUCGGGAAACCAGGUCUCAGAGUACAUUUCCACAACAUUCCUGGACAAGCAGAAUGAAAUGGAGAUCCCAUCACCCACGCCACGGCAGAGAGCCUUCCAGCAGCCCCCGCCACCAGUGGUGCGAGAGUCCCAGCCUAUGUCUCAGAUCACAGGGUUGAAAAAGCUGGUGCACACCGGAAGCAUGAACACCAGUAUCCCACGAUUUGGAGUCAAGACAGAUCAAGAGGAGCUCUUAGCACAGGAACUGGAGAACUUGAGCAAAUGGGGCCUGAACAUCUUCUGUGUGUCGGAGUACGCCGGAGGCCACUCACUCAGCUGUAUCAUGUAUACAAUAUUCCAGGAGCGAGACCUGCUGAAGAAAUUCCGCAUCCCUGUGGACACCAUGGUGACUUACAUGCUGACCCUGGAAGACCACUACCAUGCCGACGUGGCCUACCACAACAGCCUGCAUGCAGCCGACGUGCUGCAGUCCACACAUGUGCUGCUGGCCACGCCUGCACUGGACGCUGUGUUCACAGACCUGGAGAUCCUUGCCGCCCUCUUUGCUGCCGCCAUCCAUGACGUGGACCACCCUGGCGUCUCCAACCAGUUCCUUAUCAACACCAAUUCGGAGCUGGCGUUGAUGUACAACGACGAGUCUGUGCUUGAGAACCACCACCUGGCUGUGGGCUUCAAGCUGCUGCAAGAAGAGAACUGCGACAUCUUUCAGAACCUCAGCAAGCGCCAGCGGCAGAGCCUGCGCAAGAUGGUCAUCGACAUGGUGCUGGCCACAGACAUGUCCAAGCACAUGACCCUCCUGGCCGACCUGAAGACUAUGGUGGAGACAAAGAAAGUGACCAGCUCCGGAGUUCUCUUGCUGGACAACUACGCCGACCGCAUCCAGGUCCUCCGGAACAUGGUACACUGUGCGGACCUCAGCAACCCCACCAAGCCCCUGGAGCUGUAUCGACAGUGGACGGAUCGCAUCAUGGCCGAGUUCUUCCAGCAGGGUGACCGGGAACGGGAGCGUGGAAUGGAGAUCAGCCCCAUGUGUGACAAGCAUACAGCCUCUGUGGAGAAGUCUCAGGUGGGCUUCAUCGACUACAUUGUCCACCCACUGUGGGAGACAUGGGCAGAUCUUGUCCAUCCCGAUGCCCAAGACAUUCUGGACACGUUGGAGGACAACAGGGAUUGGUAUCACAGUGCCAUACGGCAGAGCCCACCCCCAGAAGAGGAGCCCGGAGGGCUUGGCCAUCCGGCCCCACCUGACAAGUUCCAGUUUGAGCUCACACUAGAGGAGGAAGAGGAGGAGGAGGAUUCCUCGGAGGUUCUGGGAUUGCCUACAGCUGAGGAAAUCUUUGUAGCUCCAGAUGACAUCACAGCUCAGGCUACAGAACAGUCAAAGGUCAAGGUCGAAGGGCAGAACACCGCAGUGAGAGAGGAAGAGGAGAGCUUGAGGCAGGGAGCCGUCCCCGCAUGCGUUGCUCCCAGGGAGUCCAUGGAGACCCUGGGCUGCGCUUUCAGCCCUGGAACCCCCAUUCUGCCUGACUUGAGGACCCCGUGUCCCUCAGCGGAGGCCCCGGGCCUCCCGGGCCUCCCCUCCACGGCGGCAGAGGUGGAGGCCCCAAGAGACCAGAUGGCUGCCAUGAGGGCUUGUGCCUGCUCUGGGACAGCAGGGGACAAUACCACCAUUGUCUCAGCUCCAGGCAGGUCGGGGUCAGGCGGGGACCCUGCCUGAGCCCUGUUCCCGUCACCCGCGGGUCCUCCCUCCUCCCUGCUCUCCACUCUCCACGGACCACCUCAACAACUCCUGGCCCUCCUGAGAAAAAAGAAAACAGAAAAGUGGGUUUUUUUUCUCUUUUCUUUUUUUACCCUUCCCCGAUGCCCUUACCUACAGGGCUUUUUUGUGGAGGUGGGGUGUGGGGAGCCAGGGGCUGACGUCCCCAAAAAAGGGAUUUUAUUUUUUGAAUUUUAAUUGUAAUGUUUUUAGAAAAAGAACAAAAAGAAAAAAAAAAGAAUGAAACACAGCAACUGUAGAUGCACCCAUCUCCCCAUUCCUGGAUCCCCACAUUUCCCUUCUCCUUAAGUCACAUCAACCUCAAGUCCAAGGCGCCAUCUUCCUGCCUCUCUUGAGACUUGUUCCUCGAGACUCAAGUCUAGGCUUGGCACUGUCCUUUGGGCUGUUCUUCUGGGGUUCGGAGGGAGUCUAGAACCCAACUGGGAUAGCUUCAGGAAGAGCUACAGGAGGGCUGGUCCGCAGCAGGGCCUCUCCCCGGCUCGCUGUCCCCUCCCACAACGUCUUCCAUCUCUUCCUUUUCUUUUUUCUUAUCUUUUUUGUACAACCCUGGCCGUACGGAAGAGAGAGGUGGUCAGAAGAGCUGUUGCUUUAAGAUCCAGAGACCCUCGGUUUCACCCCUCUACCAGCGUCAGGCCUGGGCGCAGAAGUCCCUUCUCCAGAUGCCAUCUCCUUCCUGGUCCACUUGGGUCACUUUGAAUUUUCUCCGUUGGAGGAAGGGGCUCUGUUCCAUGCGCACAAACAUCUUCCUUCCAGCUGCUUCCUCCUCUUGUUUCUGCCUUAAAGAUUCCUGUGGCCAUAGAUGAAGUCUCGGUGGCUCCCUCCUGCUCCCUGGCCCACAGUCCCCUUUCCAACAUAGACACCCCUUUCCCAGCAUCCACUCAACUACCUUUUCAGAGUCUCACUCAGCCCCCCACCCCAACUCUCAUUGCCCUAGGAGGAAGCAAUAAUGGUGUGUAUGUAGCACAUCCUCCCGUCCUGGGCAGCCCUUCCCUUCCCCCAGGCACCCCAGCCACAGUCCCUAAGCAAUACAGAUAGAGCAAGGCCAUUUUCUCCAAGCCAUGGGGUUGAGGGGACUUUUAAAAGGAAUGACCCCAUUUCCCCCUGCCACACCAGCCAAUGUGCAGCAGGGCGGUGGGGAAGCACUCAUUCCUUGCCUGCCCUGUUACAUCUCUGUACACGGUACUGUAGCCCUCCACCCUCCCCACCAGUUCCUCCCCAGCUGUCCAUCUGUCUAACCCACUAACCCCUCUCCCAACCCACAAUGCUUCCAGAUUUUUUGUUUGUUUAUUAAGCAAAGGUAGUUUCUGUCCUAGCUGGUGAUGAGAAUAACCCCCCUCCUCCGUGUGUGUGGGUUCUUUGUACAUACUAUAAAGUUGGCAUAUAAAUUAUUCUGAGACAGAAAGGGAGACUAAACUUGCCUUUCCCUGGCUGAUCCCUGGGAAGGUGAGGAAGGGAAUCUCCAGGGAGAGGUAACCCCUUCCCGCUGUAUUAUACAAGCUGUACCCUAUUCCCUGAAUGGAGAGUGGGCAUGCUGCCAGAUCAUGGGAAAUCGUGUCAUAACGGAGGAGGGACGAGGGUGGGCUGGGCAGUGUUUGUACCGUGCUCCCUUCUCCAAGAGCCCAGGACGGGGUAGGAAGAGAACAGCCCCUUGGACUCAGCCAGGGCUCCUCCCUGCCAGGGUGGGUGAGGACCCCAUGAGCUGCCUACAUGUUGUCGUCCACACUGACAACUGAUAAUUGGUCUGUGGAUUGACAAUCAUCCUUCAAUCUUGUCCCUAAUUAAAGCGAGGCUCUCGCUGAUGCUUCCAGUUAA